AUGGCCAAAAAGCAUGCAGCUUGUAUCGAUCCAUCUGGAGAUCUUAUUCAAUGGGGGCACGGAUUUAAUGGCCUCAUAAAUUUCAUAGAAAAUGCACCACAGCUAGAAGACUCUUCCAUCCUCUCCACAUCGCCUGUUUCGCCUGCAAAAAGAGACAUCAUCAUCAGUGGGUUUGAAGGCCCUGAAUAUAUCAACAGAAGCCCAGAACCUACUAUUGUUGGCCAUAACUUGGUCCUUGUUGCCACGACAAAAGAACACAUCAUAGCUGUCAAUGAUGAGCAAAAAUUGUUUAUCUCGGAUGGAGUAAGAGAAAAACCAUGGCUAAAAAAAAGCCCAUCCAUCAGCUGUGACUCUAUUGAGAGCUCCUCCGCUCCCUCUGGAGCUUUUGGCUGGAUAAAGAACUGGCUAUUCACUGCAUCUUCCAAACCCUUCGUUGCCGACACGGUUCAAAUCGUAGAUUUGCCGUUUUUGUCUAAAACGGAAAAGAUCGUGCAACUAGUUUCUGGCGAUCAUCAUGUGGUUUUACUAUCCAACCAUGGAAAUGUAUUCACAAUGGCUAUCGACACCCAUUCCAACAUGUUUGGACAACUAGGAUACGAUUCUUUAAAGAGCAAAGACAGCGAUCUUGAUGCUCUUGUCCUCUUCAAGGUGCCAUCGCCAGCACAGCAGCUAACCACAGGCGAAAUGAUUCAAAAUGCCAUCGAAGCGUCGGAUUCCCUAUUGAGACCGAACCCAAAGAAGCUAAAAGGCCAAGAACCGCAACGCAUCAAAUGGAGAGACUCUAUUGCGGAACUUGAUGGUUCCACAGCGGAAAGACUGCAUAGACCUCUCUUCUGUAAAGUCGACCUUGGAAACAAGAUAGCCGAAAUAGCUGCAGGAACCCAUCAUACCCUUCUGCGAACAGCUUCUGGACAAGUCUGGGGAUUCGGUGCAAAUGGAUAUGGGCAACUUGGGAAGCUUCUUGGAGUGGUCAACAUGACUCCUAUUGUCGUUAAUGCGCCAUUUUCAACGCCAAUCACGGGAAUAUGGGCAGGCGGUGACACAUCUGCAUUCUUAACCGAAUCAUCACCGGGAAACCUGGCAGAAUGUUACACAACCGGUGCAGGCAUGUGGGGUCAACUUGGCAAUAAUUCUUUCCGACAAUGUCAGUUCGAAAUGGUCCCGGUAACCGAUAUUUCUCGCCUUUCUUAUUAUAACGAAAGUACUGGAAGGAUUUCUCCAAUUGCUCUCAAUUCUCUUUCUAUUGGAAGAACUCAUCUUGCGGCUACUAUGCAAACCAGAGUAGAUAAUGACGGAGUACUUCCUCGAUUUGGAUUUAAUGUUUUCACGUGGGGAUCCAACCAUGCCUUUCAGCUUGGAAAUGGAAAAAGAGCCAUGGCCUCCAAACCCAUUCAACCAGAUGCUCUUCCCGUCAUUCAAGACGAAUUCACCAAAGAUGGGAUACAGGAACAUGAGCGGGCCACUCCCUCCGACCAAAAGGCAGUGAAGAAUAUGUAG